GUUUAAAUGUGCAAGCAUUGAAUGUACACGUAUAUUUGUAUAUGUUAUCACAUGCAUACACUCAGUUGAAAAUUAUUAAUAAUCACUGACACCUAUAAGGAUACACACGAAGAGGUAUUUAUUUUGGACAACUUGACUAAGUACAAUUUUCUUUUGUUUAUCUAACUACACACAUAUAUAUAUAUACUACAAACGAAUUUAUUAUAAUCAAGACAGAAAUGAUAUGUCAUACAAUUAAAAUUUAAUCGCAUCAAUUUAAACGUUUACUACAAAUUAACAAAAAAUUACCGGGAAUUCAAUUUUUAUCGCUUCUAUCCAAGUGAAAGGGAAACGUAUAUAUAUGUAUAUAUCUAAAUAUAUCUAAAGCGGGAGCACAUAAAAACAGUGAAAAGGGCAGAAAAAAACAAUUGUCAAAAAUAAAAUUGAUUUGGUGAUGUAUAAAUUAUCAACUUCAGUUAAAGUUAUUUAUUUUUCUAUACAUUGUACAUGUGAGUAUGGAUAAAGUGCAUCAUUGAUUCUUUUUAUUGAUAUUACAAGGAUGUAAUUAACAUUGAUUAAAACAUAAGCAAAUUUUCACUUCAUUUCAAUAAUUAUCUUAGUGAUAAAAACAAGUGAAAGUAAUACUUUCUAUCUUGAUUAAGUAAAAAAAAACAAAACAAUUAUAACACGAACUCAAUACAACACAAUACAAGUUAUAAACAAUUACUAAUUACUUUUAAUCAAUAUUUAUUACUUAUUAUACAUAUAAUAUAUAUAUAUAUAUAAAUUGUUAACAAAUUUUAAAUUUAUUGAUCAAUAAUUACAAUUAUACAGAUACUUAUAUAUAUAUAUAUAUUAAAUAUAUAUAUAUAUAUCCAAAUAAAUAAGUAAGAUCUAUUCACAUUCAAUUCAUGUUCAAUUCCCAGUGGACAUUAUUGGAAAUAUCAUUAUAUUCCGUGUCAAUAAAUUCACUACAAUUAUUCUUACUAUUAUUACCAUUAUUAUUAUUAUUACUGUUAAUUGCAUCUUAUAAGUUUAACUAUUCUAACCCUUGUCAAUAUAGUCGCAUAUUUGAUCAUUACAAUUAUCUACCUUCAAAAUCAUCAUCAAUAUUAUUAUCAUUUAUAUGGAUAUCCUGCACAUUUACGUAUGCUUUAUAUUCAGAUAUAUUAAGAUUAUUGCAUUCUAUUUAUAAGCUGUUAGGUAAUCAAAGAAAUAUACUACUUGGUAAUAUUAUAAGUAGUAAUAGUAGUAGUAACAGUAGCAGUAGAAGUAGUGGUCAAAAGCUUGUCUAUAAUAUAACUGAAAUACCAUUUAUUGUAUGUAUUACUCUAUAUAAUUUAGUGGAUCAUUUAGUGAGGUUAUACAUUGGUGAAAGUAGAUUAUGGAAUAUAUUCAAUAUACCAUCAACAUGGACAUUAACUUCAUUAACUUAUCGAAACGGUCAUACUGGGUAUACAAAUACUAAUCGAAGUAACAUUGGUACUCCUACUAAACUACAUACAUAUCAUACUCAUUUAAAUCAUGGAAUGAAUAAAUUAUUUAUCUUAUAUCUUGGAGUAUUAUUUUAUGGAGUAAUUUGGGGAAUAACUUUUGUAGAAGGUAAACCUAUUCAAAAUGGAAUAGAACGUCGAUAUGGUGAAUUAAAUUUACAUCCGUCUAAAUCAUCAUCACUAUCAUCUUCAUCACAUAGGAUACCUAAAGUUGUUAUGCCUCCAUAUGAUCUUGGAUUUAGAGGUCAAAAGACAGGAGAAGCGAAUAAAGUAAGGUCAUUAUCAUCAUCAUCUUCUGUACUAAUGAAUGAAGCUAAUAAUAAUUUUGACCAUAUAAGAGGAUUUCAGUCGGAUGAGACAUAUGAUGAAAAUCCUCAAUCAUACAUCUUUUCACCAUCCUCUUCCUCAUCAAUAUCUCGAAAUCAAAAGCGUCAACGCUAUCAAAGAGUUAAUCGUGACAAUUAUGAACCGGAAGAAAACUUUAAUGAUGAUGAUGAUAACAUGAACUUGCUUAGUCCUAAGUUAUCACCAAGGAAUCAGGUUAUUCAGAAUGUAAGAUCAUAUGGUCAAUCAGUACCAGAACCACAGCUGCCGUUAUCACAAUCAUCUCUGCCAGGAGCAUUAAAUAAGGAAGUAAAUGAUCGACGGGAUUAUAAAAGAGUGAAUCUUGCACCUUCUCGACCUUUUUCUCCUUCUCUUCAACAACAACAACAGCAACAACGCCCUUCAUAUUCACUCUAUAAUCCAUAUGAAAAAGUGAAAAACUUUCAUGAUCCGCUUUACAUUUCUGAUCAAAAGGCAGUUUAUAAUGACAAUGAUCAACAGUUUUCUCAGCAAGAUGGACAAUGGGGUAGAAGUAACAAUCAUUAUCAGCCCAAUAUGUUGUACGAUGGUCAUGCAGCUUAUAUGAAUCGAGAGAUUCCUUCUUUCUGGUAUCCUUCAUCACAUCAGAUUAACAGUAAUAAUAAUCCCCUUGAAAAUGCACAAAUUUACGGACGUCAACAACCUGAAGAGCAGCCUUCAGAAACCAAUUCUUAUCCACGUUUUGAUAUCCCUAAUCAUAAUGCUAAUAAUAAGCAAAAAAUUAAAAAUAAAAUUCAUGGUCGAAUAAACACAAACGUUGGUCAAUUCUCUUACUUUAAAGAAUUGCCAGACAUUCAAUUAUCACAUUUAAUUAAUCAAUAUCAGAUGGAAUUAUUACGUCGACAAGCUGAACGCUUACAAGACAGUGAUUUUCAGUUAGAAUCUGCUUAUUAUGGUCAAUCGGCUGGACAUCCAUCGCUUUACCCAUCCGGUUAUUACACUCAAGAUCAUGGUAUACAUUUAUCUGGAUCAAAAAAUCAUGACUAUAUUAUUCAACGAUUUAAUAAUCUGGCCAAUCAAAGAUUAAUUGCUGGUGUCAAUGAAUUUUUCGAUGAACUUGAUCAUAACAGAGACGGAGUUAUCACACUAGAUGAACUUCAAAACUAUUUAAUGUUGCAUGAAAUUCACUUUGCACGUUAAUAUCCCUACAUUUUUGUCAGAAAGAAACAAAUCAAAUUUAUUACAUCGAACCUAUAGGAAUUUUCAGAUGUCUAUAUGAAAAUGAUGGAUCGAAAAUUUUAAUGUCCAAUGGAAGUGGAAAUAAACAUUUGAGAUGUUCAAUGUUUCCCUUGAUUCCUAACUUUUCCUGCCUAUAGAACGAUACUAUUUGAGAUGAUCACUAUUCCGUAUUUUACGUAUGUACAUCAUGUAUAAUCAUUUUUACUGCGUAUACCUCAUUAUAAAUAAUGAAUAUUGUGAACAGAAGACGUUCAUAGAUGUCAUACUGCACAAUAAUAUGAGCGUUUACACUAUACUUACCUAUUAAGAAUAUACUCCAGUAUUAUUGUCUAAACUUUCCUCAAAUUGUUCACUUUCUUCCUUAUUUAUUUCCUUCUUUCCAAGUUGCAUAACACACAUGCAAACCCCAGCACUUAAACUUUUAACGGUUAUUUACAAACACAAUCAAUUUUUUAUAUUGUCAUUAUAACUUUCAUCCCCCUCACUGGAGUUUACUACUGUUAAAUUCAACGAUUUUACUAAUAUUUUUAUUUUAUCCCACUUUUCCACAAAUUGACCUCAUGAACGGCAUACACUUACCCGCACUCCAGGAAUACAGUGAGCUAUUCGAAAAUUAUUUGCAAGUGAUUACUUCCAUCUUUAUAUUUACGUAUGACAAAUAUAUUUGUGCAAGCGAACACUUAAGCCUAUAUGCAUAAAUUGACGUCUCAUCUUCAUAUACGUCUUACCAGUUUUCAGAAUUCUAUCUAACGGGUUUCAUUUUUGUCAUUACUAAAGAAAACAAAAACCAAAAAUUAAGAAGUAAUUUUCUUUUUACUAA